GGCUAAGGGCAGAGAGACAAUCACGUGAUCAGGCCCUUACUCAUGUGACUGCGAAGCUUUAGAAAAUGGCAGAAAGAGAAAGCGAUUCCGGUGUUGUGGAUCUUGCCUGUUCAUUGCCAAUACAGGCAGUGGUGUCCCGGUCCACUUUGGAUACUGAACAGUACGGGCGUAUUUUGGGAUCAGAGCCCGACUCUGAAACUUUAGCAGCUGUACCCAAAAAAUCCGGCGCGAACAAUGAUGGAAGUGUGGAAACAGCAGAGGAGGCCAUUGAACCUGCAGACCCUGAUAUCAGUGAACUGUGCAGGGAUAUGUUUGAGAAGAUGGCAAUUUUUCUGCAAGGAGAGCUUACAGCCACCUGCGAAGACUACAAGCUCCUUGAGAAUAUGAACAAACUCACCAGCUUGAAGUACAUGGAGAUGAAAGAUAUAUCAAUAAACAUUAGUCGCAACCUGGAGGACCUGAGCCAGAAAUAUGCCAGCCUACAGCCAUACCUUGAUCAGAUCAACCAGAUUGAGGAGCAGGUGACGGCUUUGGAACAAGCAGCCUACAAACUUGACACCUAUUCCAAAAAGCUUGCCAAGUUUAAGAAACUAGAGAAGCGAUGAAGUGCUUUUGGACCCAGCAGUGUGGUUUGGAAGGAGCCAGAUGGAAUGCUUUGCUAUGGAUUGUUUACCCUUUGAUUCUAUUCCACAUUCCUCCUUGUUCAUUACAAGCUAAAGACAAUGCUGUGUGAGAAAAAAUAUUGCAAGGAUUACAGAGGUUAUUUGAUGGAAAGUAAGAGCAUAUUUCUGACUGUUUUAUGACUAAUUCUGUUUUGGACUAAAGAGUAAAAAAUUGGAUCAAGGACACACAAUCAUGCUUAAGAGAAGUAAGAGGAAGCUACAUUGUGUGCUGUAAUACUGAAGAAUCUAGAUCAUGCCUGCAGAUGAGCUUGAAGACUGCUCUACAUAGUUGCAUUUACUGUUUUACGAGCACUGCCUCUUGCAGGGAUGAAAUGGCCAAUAAAAACUAAGUAUGUAUGUCUGUGAAGUCUUUUCUGGGCUUGAGACAAGGAAUCUAUUGCUAGCAUCAUUAAGAAGUGGAAGGUGUACAUGACAGAUCUGGAAAAAGUUAUAUCUAUUAAAUAAAGAUGCGUUUAUAUGGAACUCUAUAUGGAAAACAGUGUAACACUACAACAUAAGCUUCCACCAGGUGGUAGUAUGUCACUAUCUUUGAAUUUAUCAAAGGUUUUGAUUUAGUAUAGUCCCAUCAGGUGAUGAAGUCCUCAAGAAAAAGUAAUGUUACUUAUUUGACAAGUAUGUUCCGACCUGAAGAAAAUUCCUAGAUGUCUGUCCUAGAUGUUUGUGGAUAUCUGUUUUUUUUGUGUGAAAGUUUUCAAGAAACAAUAAUAAAACAUGCUUUGCCACCACUGAAUUUGGUAUUAUAGAGACAGGCGUAGUUUGAAUGGAAGGUCUCUUAUUCUGUUGUUUUGUAAUGUUUAAUGGUGAAAUAUGGAAUUACUGGCAUAAAAAAACAUCUGUUAACUAACUAGCAAAAUCCAUAUUAAAGAGUUUUUGCUUUGUCUGGGU